CCUGACGACUGUAAAAGUCAUAUGACCGUCUGAGAAAGGGACACUCAAACUGCAGGGUCGCAGGGGUAUUGAAGUCUUGUGUACGGGUCCAUGUCCAUCAGACUGUGAAAUGUCUUCUCUGCGUGUCUUCUUCUGUCUUCUGUCCGUGUCUGUGCUUGUGGCGAGCGGCGUGUAUGAUCCAGAUGAAGUGCUGGAUCUGCCAGGCAUGUCUUUCAAACCCAAUUACCGCCAGUGGUCAGGAUAUCUGAAGGCCAGUUCUGGCAAGUUUUUGCAUUAUUGGUUUGUGACGUCUCAGAGAGACCCGCUCAAGGACCCAGUCGUGCUGUGGCUGAACGGAGGGCCAGGUUGCAGCUCUUUGGAUGGGUUUCUGUCAGAGAAUGGCCCCUUUCAUGUCAAUGAUAAUGGAGCCACACUUUAUGAGAACGAAUUCAGCUGGAACAAAAUCGCCAAUGUUCUUUAUCUUGAGUCGCCUGCUGGGGUGGGUUAUUCCUACUCCGAUGACCAAAAAUAUCAGACCGAUGAUGAUGAGGUGGCAAAUAACAACUACCUGGCUUUACAAAGCUUUUUCAUCAAAUUCCCAAAUUUCACCCAGAAUGAGUUUUUCAUUUUUGGUGAGAGUUAUGGAGGCAUCUACGCACCCACACUCAGUCUGAGAGUUGCCACUGGAGGUCAGCUUAAAGUGAACUUUAAGGGCUUUGCUGUGGGAAAUGGCAUUAGUAGCUUUGCACUAAAUGACCAAUCACUAAUCUACUUUGGCAACUAUCACGGCCUGUUUGGAGAACAGCUUUGGAAGGAUCUGAAUGACAACUGCUGUCAAAAUGGAGUCUGUAAUUUCUACAACAAUUCUAAAGUGUCCUGCUCUGUUAUGGUAUCGCAUGCGUUUAAUAUAGUCUAUAACUCUGGGUUGAAUGCAUACGCGCUGUAUCUUGACUGUGCUGGUGGUGUCACAUAUCAGAGAGCCAUGAUGCAUCUUUUCAGAAACUUCAGGAGGCAUUGGAUAGCUAAUAAGUUAGUAGAAAGUACUCCUAAUGUUCAGGGAGUGCCUCCAUGCAUCAACAGUACCGCUCAGAUGAACUGGCUCAACCGAGGAGAUGUGAGGAAGGCACUGCACAUUCCUGAUGUACUACCACCAUGGGACAUCUGCAGUGAUGUUGUGGGAAACCAGUAUCACACCAUUUACAAAACUGUGAAGGAUGUCUACGAGAAGCUGCUGGCUUUGGGUCUGAGAGCUUUGGUCUAUAAUGGAGAUACCGAUAUGGCUUGUAAUUUCCUGGGGGACCAGUGGUUUGUUGAGCAGCUUGGACAGAAGGCAAGCACUCAAUACAAACCCUGGAUUUAUGAUAACCAGAUUGCUGGAUUCUACCAGCAGUUUGGCAACAUCACCUUCCUCACAGUCAAGGGUGCAGGUCACAUGGUUCCUCAGUGGGCUCCUGGUCCAUCUCUCCAGAUGCUACAGAGUUUCCUGUCCAAUAAGCCUUAUUGAACUUCUCCAGACCGUGUCCUGUCUUAAAGCACUAGAUCUGAUUUUUAGAAGUGGUCUUGAAUGGACUUCAAGAAAGGGUGAUUUUAAGAAAACUGUUGAAAUGUGAGAUGAAGCUGCCCAGUAAAUUCCUCAGGGACUGUUGGGUGUAUGUGGGUUUGCAUAUGUUUUGGGAAUUUUGAAAUGCUUUUUAUUUUUUAAUUGCUUGAAUCUUUUUAAAUACAUUUUUUGUUUAACACAAG